UGAACCGUCGGGUGGAAUUUGCUGAAAACUAAUAUUAAUAAACUAAUAUUAUCUAAUAUUGCGCUAAUAUUUUAGAACAUAAAAUGGCAAUCGAGUGUGCAGUCAGUUGUGUGGAUGGAGAUGUUAAAGGCGUGAAGCGCAUAUUCAACUGUAUUAAACAAUUCUGGCAUCGUUAUCUACUUGUUGAGCCAGUAUUGAUUUUAUUUUGGGCACCCACUUUAUUCAGAUUUGACAAGUUUGUGACAUACAAGGCAUGUCGCUUUAGUCUCGGCUACAACGAAGCUGUAUGCUCUGCCGUGGUAAACGAAAACGAGGAUGACAGUGAUUGUUAUCCAUACAGGUAUUACGUGGCACAAAAAACAAUAACAACACAAGGUCCUUCAGCUGAAGAGUUAUUUGUAGAUGCUUCCUCGCCCAAUUUCAAUUUUGCCGUUUGCAAAGCUGAAGAUCAGGCACAAAAUCUGGAGAACAACGUAUAUUUAAAUACUUUACCGAUAGUCUUCAUAAUUCCCUAUAUUAUAUUAAUGUUUGCUGGAGGCUGGGCAGAUCGCUAUAAUAAGCGUAAGGCGUUCUUGAUAUUACCCAUUCUGGGCAGAUGUCUACAUUAUAUAUUUCAGCUCACAUCUUCGAUAUACCGUGAGAGUCUGCCUUUCCACUGGGUUGGCUGGUAUUUCCCAAUAAUACCUAACAUUUUUGGCGGUGUUCCAUGUUUCUUGAUGUCUGCGUUUAGUUAUAUAACAAUAACAACACCAGAAAGUGAUCGAGUCCUACGCAUCGGUAUACUUUCAGUAUUUGCUCUACUUACAAACUUUCUAAGUGGUAUCAUUGGGCGUCUUAUUAAUUCUGAGUUUGCAAAAUACUUUGGAAUUUGUGUGGGUCUCGAAAUCGCUGCUAUACUUUACAUUAAAUUGUUUAUAAAGGAGCCCAAGUCAAAUAAAAGUGUUUCUGAAGUCAAUGAUUCCGCUGGAGACAUUCAGUUAACAAAUUUGGAUGAUUUGCCGAUUCAAAAGAACGUCACGUCAUCAUCUGAACCUUCUCGACGCAAUGUGUUCAAAGAAUUCUUUGAUCCGAUGUUCGUAGUAGAACUCUUUAAAUUGCCUUUUAAAAGACGACCCAAUAAUGAUAGACUUAUAUUGCUGCUAUUAAUUUUGUGUUACUUUCUAACUGCGGGACCUGUAGAAAUUGAAACCACAUAUAUGGAUUUUCACAUCUUAAAUAGACUCGACUGGAAUGAGGAUCUGCUAUCUUACUACAGAUUGAUGAAAUUUAUAAUUUCAAUUAACUUAACCUUUUUUUGGAAUUAUAGCUUUUACUAAAAUUUGGAAAUUCUCUGAUUCCAUAGUUGGAAUCUGGUCUGCUGUCUUUAUUGUUUUGUCUCGCAUCCUGUUUUAUUUUGCAGGCGAAGCUUCAACCGUUUACUAUGUAUUCGAUUUGUCUUUAAUUCUACGUUUAAUACCAAUUAAAUCCUUGGCAUCAAUUCUUAAUGAAGGCGAUGGAAAAUUAUUUUCCUUUUUCGGAAUCUUGGAAGCAGUUGCUAUUCUCCCUUUUCUUCCCAUAUAUGAUGCGUUCGUUGAUGCCAUUGGAAAUUCGAAUUCAACGCUCGUCUCUCUCUUCAGCGAAAUUUUUUACGUACCAAAUGUUCUA